AUGAAAUCCCUGGCCAUUUUCUUCUCUCGAGCAGGAGGCGCCGACCAGAAUCCGGAACUCAUUCGUAGCCGAAAUGGUGAGACUAGCGGCGGAGGAGCGGCGGCGACGGCGACGGCGCCGACAGACGGAGAAACGGCUCCGUAUGGAGAGAGGGAAGCGAUUGCGGCAGUUGGUGACGAGGAUAGGGACGAGAGGUCGUCGCCUGGCGAGGGGGAGAAUAAGCGAGAAUUGAUGGACAAGCCCCCGUCCGAUGACGUCUGCCCUAUAUGUUUCGGGAACUUUGAUGUCCCGUGCCGAGCUCCUUGCGGUCACUGGUACUGCGGGGGUUGUAUUCUGCAGUACUGGAACUUUAGCGCCGCACUGAGGCCGUGCAAGUGUCCCAUGUGUUCACAGCUUAUAACGAAGUUGACACCGGAGGCAUCAUUUUGUAACAGACGUGAACUGGAAAUUAUUAAGGUUCUACGCAAUGUUGGGGACUAUAACCGCUUGUUUGUGGGAGGCGUAUGCGGAUUUAUGCUGAAAUUUCUUGCUAUUCCAUUGUUUAUGAAGAGAAUGUUCCGUGAGAUGUUGAAUCCUGACAGACCUGGUCUUUAUCUCCAUGAAAUGCGAGUGCUUGCAUUGUUCCUUGGAGUCCUCUACUCACUCACCCCCUUUGAUUUCCUCCGAAUAGGCCAUCGGAAUAUCAUAGAUGUGUUUGACUACUCUGCCUUUGCUCUCUCGUUUGUGUUCUACCUAGUCGGGGCAUACCUUCGCAGAAGGCGCAGGAGAAAUGUUAGGGAGUUAAUCGACGUGCAAGAGGCAAACUUGGUCGUGUCGAGCAGCCAGAAUUUCCUGUAG